CAUUCGCAAUGGACGAACGAGAAGACGAAGAAGAACAUUUCCGUUUCAUAAACGAAAAAGGAGUUGAUGAUAUAUCUCUGGAAAUUUUCUAUAAGCCCCACACGAUAACACUUCUAACCGUUUCCAUAAUUGGACUUAUUUAUACAGCAUUUACACGAGACGACCAUGUACAAGAGUCGAACAUCUGGAGAGGGUUUCUUUGCGUUGUGUUCUUUUUUCUGGUCAUAAGCAUACUGGCUUUCCCAAAUGGUCCCUUUACAAGACCCCACCCUGCGAUAUGGCGGAUGGUAUUUGGUCUCAGUGUUCUCUACUUCAUGCUGCUGGUGUUCAUACUGUUCCAAAACCGGCGCGACGUGAGACACAUGCUGGAGUGGCUGUACCCAGACCUCAUCAACCACACGCUGGCAGAGAAGGAGUAUGCAGUGAACUGUUCAGACAUCACGGUGAGUCGUGUGUGGUCGUGCGUGGACAUGUUUGCGUUCGCUCACUUUUCUGGCUGGGCUAUGAAAGCGCUACUGAUACGGCAUUACGGCAUUCUGUGGACCAUCAGCAUCAUGUGGGAAAUCACUGAGGUGGUGUUUGCUCACCUGUUGCCCAACUUCCUGGAGUGCUGGUGGGACUCGUGGCUGCUGGACGUUCUUGUCUGUAACGGGCUUGGUAUCUGGGUCGGCAUGAGGAUCUGCAACUUCCUCGAGAUGAGGAACUACCACUGGGAGAGCAUCAAAGACAUUCACUCCACGACUGGUAAGAUCCGGCGCGCGGUCCUACAGUUCACCCCGGCCACAUGGACCCAUGUACGAUGGCUUGACCCCAACUCUGGCUACAUGAGACUCGUGGCAAUCACCUUCCUCAUCUUCAUCUGGCAGUUGGCGGAGUUGAACACUUUCUUCCUAAAACAUGUACUAGAGGUGCCGCCACCCCAUCUGUUGAACUGGAUACGUCUGGCCCUUAUAAGUGUCAUAUCUGCACCUACCAUCAGGCAGUUCUAUGUAUAUACGACAGACACUCGAUGUAGGAGGGUCGGUACUCAAUGCUGGGUGUUCUGUGCAAUAACGUUCACAGAGGCAAUCAUAUGUGUGAAGUUUGGUCGAGAGCUCUUCAAACAGACUGAGAUCAUGUAUGUCUUCACCUGGCUAGUAAUACAGAUGCUAAGCAGCUGUCUAUGCGUGUAUCUGUGUGUGGUGUAUGCAAGGAAAUGUUGGAAGAUAUUCGACGACACCACUGACAGGUGCGUCUACGAGUCUUCCGAGUCCUCGACGCCCGUUCACCAGUCUCGCACACCACUGUCGUCGCCAUUGAAGAACGGGGUCAACAAACAAACCAUGUCUGGGGCCGGAGACAAUUACAAUUUACGUAACAGGACGAAGCCCAAAAAUGGUCAUAUAUGAUCAUCAUCUCAUCUUUGCCUGUGGUCCCGUCUAGGACCUAGACUGCUGACCAGCUUCCUCUGGGCUCUUUGUUUCAGGGCUUGACUUUUCAAGUGUUACCACGCAUUGCCCAUAUGGUCAUAUAUCGCCUUAUUGGUGCAAAAAGGUACCACGUACCUUCUAAUUUCAAUGUCACAUGGUACCUUAUUGCUCCAAGGGGUUGAAUUAUAAUAACACAAACUUACACAAUUUCGUGGCUUUUUGUUUUUAACAAAUUGGCGAUAGAAACCCUUUGUCCAGUCUCCUAAAUUGAGGCUUAAUUUUGCUCAAGGGCUUACAGACUUUUGCAGAGCCUGAUGUCUUUUGGAAUCUCCAGUUUGUUUGUAUAAGUAGCCUAGUUUGGUCUGAAAAAUUUCACUACAUCGACUAAAGCCAAAAACACUUGUUAAGAAUAUACCUUAGUUUGUUUGAUUAUCCACUUUUUUAUUCUCUCUGCCAAGUCUAUUUUCUUUUAUCUAUAAAAUAAGUAAUAUUUUGUGAAGGUUAAGAUUCUCAUUAAAUAAGAAAUCAAUUAUUUUUCUAUGAGUGUGUAUAAUUGCUUGAUAGCCGUAAUACGAAGUAAAAUAUUACCGGUAGUUUAAGCUUCAUCAAUUACCAGAGUUUUACCAAGUCACAUAAUAUUGAGAACUUCAUUCAAGAAAUAGUAUAGUCAGAUUUUUAGUUGAGUCAUAAUAAGUAUCAUUAUACAUGUAUAUUCAUUUUGACAUGUCAAAAAUGUAUAGUGAUACAUUUUACACUCUUGUCCAUUUUAAAUCUAGUCUGUAGUGCAUGUACAUAGUGUUUUAGCAUUGAAUCUUACACAUAAUUUAUAGUCCUUAGUUACUGAUGAGCAGCAAACAGCAUAAAACCUAAACAGACUGUGAGUUACUUGCAGGCUGUUCUGGUUUUUAUGCUGUUUGCACAUAGCCAUUUUCAUUUUGCAUCUGAGUGGGAAAGGGUUAAGUGAAUCUCCAAGUUCAAAAUUUAAAUGGAAAAAAAAUCCUUACUUACCAACCCAGGCCUAUUGUGCAUGGGUUGAGAAGGGGAAACAAACAUAGGUUUAUUGUUGGCGUUAAGAUAUAGUAGGCUUUAAUGAAGACCUAUCUUAGGAUUGUAUUUGGGACAUGGCAGGUCAAGGUCACAGUAAUUAACAAUAGAAAAUGGGCUACAGUUUGGAUAGGAAUAUUGAACUUUUUGCACUGAAUUUUUUUUUGUAGUUAGUCCAUAUAUAUGUACUCCCAGAGCCUUUGAUAAUUUGUGUUAUGGCAGCUCAGGAACCUAACCGAUAGAGACACUUUAGGUCGGCAACAUUAUGAAAGUUUUUCAAUGUGGUGGAUAGAGCAUACAAAGAAUAACAAAGUAAAUAAAAAGCAAUUAUUUCUUGUUUAAAUGGUACCAUUUGCAUGAGUUUGUGCUUUAGACCGGUAAACGUUGAUGAGUGUUUGCAGUAUCAGUGUUGUGUAUUAAAUAGGUUAACAAUGAACUUUUGUUCUUUGUCUAUAGAAAUUCUGCCAGUAUUAUUUUAAAUAAUGAUUUUUGAUGGAAUCCCUCAAAACUACAUAAUAUUUGACGAUAUGUUUUCUUUGUUUGAAUUUUUUCAACAAUCAUGUUACAGAUUUUCUCAGCAUUUUUACACCAUAUCAUGGUUUUGUUGUUGAGUUUUUAAUUUUGUGUAUAUUAUUUGUAUAGAUUCAUCCCAUUUAGAAUCUGAAAAUUAGUAUUGCUUUUUUAUGCCCCUGGAUCGAAAGAUUCAUUCAUUGUGUGUCCCAAAACUUUAACCUUGGUUAAAGUUUGAUAACUUUUGCAUUAUUGAAGAUAGCAACUUCAUAUUUGGCAUGCAUAUGUAUCUCACGGAGCUGCACAUUUUAAGUGGUGAAAAUUCAAGGUUAAGGUCAUCCUUCAAGGUCAAAGGUCAAAUACCAUUGUAUUUUUCUUUCCUAAAACUUUAACUUUCGUUAAAGUUUGGUCAUAACUUUUUUAAUAUUGAAGAUAGCAAUUUGAUAUUUGGCAUGCAUGUGUAUCAUAUGGAGCUGCACGUUUUGAGUGGUGAAAGGUCAAGGUCAUCCUUCAAGGUCAGAGUCAAAUUUAUGGCUUCAAAGCGGUGCAAUAGGGGGCAUUGUGUUUCUGACAAACACAUCUCUUGUUCUGUAUUGAAAAACCUUACUAUCCUGAAAAAGAUUAUACAGGAUUCAUUCAAUCAUUUGCAUUAAGUUGAAUAUUGCUGCCAAAUUGAUUUUUAGUUAUGUUUUUUUAGCACAUAGCAUUUGCUGUGUUUUAGCACUUUCUGUUACUGAUGUUGUGUUAAGGUUUAUAAUUAGUGAUAGAAACACAUGUAUUUUAUGUAAAACAAGUUAAUAUAAAUAAUGCAGUUUGUAUAAGAAAUGUUUAUCUAUUGCCAAACUACAAAUAUAGUUACUGCUGGUUUUUAAUUAAGGACAUUAUAUCGUAAGUAAACAAAACAAUUACUGAGUCUAAUUUGGUGCAUUUAAGUUGCAUGUAAAAAGAAAUAAAUCUCAUGGUAACUUUGAUAUGUUUUGGUAUAAGUUUGGACCAUAUUUGCAAUAAUAUUGCACUAGGAUGUGUAUUUUUAUAAGAAAGUUUAUGUUAUAACUUGCAUCUAAAAAUAAUUAAAGUACCGUUUUGAACAGUUUCUAAACAUAAAGAAAAGUUUCAUUUGACCUUUUGUGCAUACAAGAGUGUUGGACCUUUUAACUUCAGGAAUAAUAUUUCAAACAGAAUCUUCCAGAGUUGUCUUUAACCCUUUCCCACUCAUUAGAAAAGUGAAAAUGGUUAUGUGCAAACAGCAUAAAACCAGAACAGCCUGCAAGUAACUCGCAGUCUGUUCAGGUUUUAUGCAGUUUGCUACUCGUCAGUAUCUUAGGGUUCAAAAUUAAGCCUUUCAAAAUUAAAUAUAUUAAGUGAAUAUAUUAAGAAAAUACUUAAAUUUAAUUUGAUUUUCUGAAUGACUUUAAAUGAAUUACUAUAAAUGUGUCAAUGUGCGUUUCUGAGUGGUAAAAGGUUCACCAUUCAUUAUCUAAUCAUUUAUGAAUCGUUGUAUUUGUGAAAAUUGUACUGUACUUUACAAAAUUAUAUAAAUAUCCACAUUUUGAUUAGUAUUAUUCAUUCCAAAGACCUAUAACAAACAGUCUCGUUCCUACUACAUGUAUGUACGGAUUUUAUUUUAAAACAAUAUGAUAAUGUAUCUUAUUUGUUGUUGCAUUAUAUUUUGUUAUGCAUUUUCUUAGUGAUUAUUUUGCGAUUAGUUACUUGACUUGUUAUCAUCUAAAUUUGUUUCAUUGAUUAUUGCGUUUGUAAUUGUUUUAUCUGAGUUUAACCUUUCCCCCAUAAAAGCAAAGUGAAAAUGGCUUUUGAAACGAGCGUAAUACUGCAGAACAGCCUGCGAGUAACUCACAGUCUGUUUAGGUUUAAUGCUGUUUGCUGCUCAUCAGUAUCUAAGGGUUGGAAAUGAAGCCUUUAAAACUUGAAUCGAGUAAGAAAGGUCUUUAAUUAAAUGUCACUUUCUAAAGGACUACAAAUGCGUCAUAAUACGUUUCUAAGUGGUAAACUUUCCAUUUUCACAUUGCUUUUAAGAGGGAAAGGGUUAAACCUAUUUAUUUUAGCUUGAUUGCAUAGCAAGCCUUGGGUUUAUUUGAAACGCUCUCAGGUCUGUUUUGUGGGUCUAGAAACAGUACUUGGUUUCUAUGGGGGAGAUUUAAAGAACGCUCCCACAGUGGGUAUCAAACCUGUGACCUCCCCGAUAGCUAGGCGGACACCAUAUCCACUACACUGUGGCGACCCUAUUUAACUUUUAUCGACUGAGCAGUGGAGUUUAGAAUAUAAGCAGUUUUAUAGAACAUUUUUAUGUCUUCAUAUAGUCUUAUACAUUAAUAUAUUGCUUAUUAUUACAGAUAAAUGUAAGCAUUUUUGUUAUGUUUUGUUUUGUCUGCAGUAUUAUGUUUUAUUGUGAUAGUUUAUUACAUUGUGGUUCCAGGUAUUAUGAUUAUAAUUUGGGUGCUAAGUUUGUGAUCCCUUUUUAUUUAUUUUGAUUAUAAUUUGGGUGAUUUAAGUUCUUGUUCCUUUUUAAUGCAGAAUGGCAAUUAAUGUAAAACUAAACCUUUUUUUAUAAUAACUGUAUGGUUAGGAGUGUAACAACAUUGACAAAACCAUUUUGCAAUGAAUAACCAAAAAGGGUUUUAAUUAAUAAUGAAAUUUAUUCUCUUAUAAUCAAAUUUAUGUUAUUCAGAGAAAAAAGCUCAGAGCAGAUUUAAUGUAAAAUUUAAAUUAGUGAAUGAAUACCAUUAACUAAACAUAAACUAUGAAAAACUAAAAUGGAAAACCUAAUAUUUUGUAAAAACCUGCAUAAACAACAAUGAUUGUAGGCGAUAUUUUGUAACACCUGACCGCAGGUAACAAUUUUGAAUACAAAAACAAAAGAAAUACCUGACGGCAGGUAACAAUUUUGAAUACAAAAACAAACGAAAUAGUUUCUUAAUAUGAAUGUUGAAAUUUUUAGUACGUUUAAAUAAAUGAAAUAUUUUGUUUGUGAAAUAAUGUCACUUUAGUAACCAUAAUUGUAAUCUGUUGUGAAUUUCUUACAUAAUAAGCAUGCAUUUGCACUGUUCUUAGUUAGUUUCACUGCAAUGUUCGAAUGUUGAGUACUAAGUAGUUGUUUCCGCGUAACUUUUGUAUAAUAGAUACAAUUGUUUUGCGCUCAAUUUUAACUUGUCUUUACAAGUUUUUUUCUUCACUCCCAUGAUUGUAUUUUGUAAUUUCACCCCAUUGGUGCAAAAGGUACCAUGUGCCUUCUAAUUUCAAUAUCAUAUGGUACCUUUUUGCACCCAGGGAGUGAUUUAUUCUUUUAAUCUCUUACACUCUUGUAUAUAUUUAUGUCAAAGCUGUACCAAAUGUUGUUCAUGUGUUUUAAUGCAGUAAUUGUUUAUGGCUCGAACGGUUGUAAUACUUGAUGAAAGUUUUUAUAGCUUCAGAUUAAUCAUUUUAAGUACUUAUUUUUACUUGACUAAAGGCUUUUAUAUAAGACGUAAGCAGGAACGUACAAACGGCAUUAAUGGUUUUUCAAACAGCUAUAUUAAUUCGAUAAAUUCUCUGAAUUUAUUGUUGGAUUCCUUGAAACAUUUUAAUUAGACAUUUAAAUUAAACAUGUUCUAUCGCUAAAUUGCUUGGUUUUUUUUAUCUAGUGAAAUAAACAUGUUAUUGAUUAUGUUAACUUUAACACUUUACCCUUUAGAUACGUAUUUUAAACCAUUUUUAGUCCCUGAGAAAGUUAUAUUUAAUUAAAGACCUUUCUUACUGUAUUCAAGUUUUUAAGGCUUCAUUUCCAAUCCUUAGUUACUAAUGAGCAGCAAACAGCAUAAAACCUGAACAGACUUCGAGUUACUGCAGGCUGUUCUGGUUAUAUGCUGUUUGCACACAGCCAUUUUCACUCUGCUUCUGAGUGGGAAAGGGUAAAUGCCCAAACAAAACAUAUGUUACUAUAGAGAUCUUGUGUUCAAUACUCAGGUUAUAUGUUUAUUUAUUAUCACCUAAGCUUACAUUUCCUCACUGUUUUCCUUAUAAUUGAAAGUAUUGUAAUUUUAAUAGGUGUCUUUUAUGGCGUCCGAUUUCAAACUUUGCUCCGUGGCGUCUGUUUUUAAACUUUGCUAAGUGUUGCGUUGGAUUUCAAACUUUGCUAAAUUUGUGUGUCUGUUUUCUAAUUUUGCUAAGUGGGAUCAAAUUUCACAGCCAUUUUUCUGAGUAUUGCACUUAACAAAAUGUAUGACGUAUGUUUUUUGUAAAGAUUCUUUUUGAGAUUUCAUUAAAACUUUUAAAUUUUGAUUAUAAGUUGUUGUGUUGUUCCCUUGUUCUUUCUCUAACUGUAUGUGCACAUUUUUGAAAUUUCAUUAAAACUUGUAAUAUUA